AGUCAUCGUCGUUGCGUCGGAACUACGUUCUAGGGCUCGUUCUUCCAGCAACAAUCGCAGAGAAAAAAUCCCCACCAAAAAUCUCCAUCAUCCGUCACGCGAUGGCACUCCUCCGUACCUGAUCGAGCGCCCCUCUUCUUCGCCGAUCUCCUCGCGGCUCCGUCGCUUCCCUCGCAUGGAGGCUUCCUACACCAGCCUCCCCACCAGCCACCUGCUGGGCUCCGUCCCCGCUGUUGUUGAUGAUGCAUCAAGUACCAUUAACUAUGAAGUCCCAGAAGCAAAUAUGCAGACUUUUCCUCCAAAUAAUGGAGGAGACAGAGGGCGUGGCUAUCAAUCUCUUGCAGGUCCAAGUGAGACGUUUGAACAACAACCCGCAAGCAACUGGAGAGGAGUCUUUAGCAUCUCAUCCUAUACACAAUACUUCAAUGUUGAUACAGAUGUAGUGUUAAACAGAUUGCUGGGUUCAUUGUUCCCAACUAGUGGGGAUUUUUUCAGCAAGAUCGAUGCAAAUCCAGAUCUAUAUGGGCCUAUCUGGAUCUCCACUACAUUGAUCUUUGUGAUCGCUGCCCUUGGAAACUGUGCUACCUACCUCAUGGAAAAGAAUUCUGACACAAGUACUUCAUGGAGCUUCGAUGUUGGUUAUGUGAAUCUUGCAGUGUGGUCAAUUUAUGGUUAUGCCAUUGUGGUUCCGCUAGGAUUCUACUUCUUGCUUCAGUAUCUUGGAUCGAAUGCCAGCCUUAUACGGUUUUGGUGCCUGUGGGGAUACUCGCUCUUCAUCUUUAUUCUGAGCUCUUUUCUUUUGUUGAUUCCGCUUGAGCCUCUCCGUUGGAUCAUCAUACUCCUUGUUGGUGGGGCCUCGGCUUGCUUUGUUGCUUCGAACCUCAGGUCAUACAUGGAAGGGAACGAUCUUACAAUCGUAGUGGUAGCUGCGUUUUUACUGCAGAUGGCUCUAGCAAUUUUCUUCAAGGUCUGGUUCUUCGCAUGAAGACCCAGAAAGAUAUUUCUCAAGGAUCAAAUCCCGUCUACUUCGACUUUUGUCUCUAGUGACAUUUGAUCCGCUGUCUAGCUGACUGGAUCUCAACCGGCGACGAGUCUCUUUGAGUUUCCAGGUCAUUUAAAGAGUGGCAUUGUAUUGUAUCGAUGAUCUUGCUGCAUUGAGUCUGAGAGGAUGAAAUGUUGAGGACGAACCCUUUAAUACUUCCACGGAGAUAGGGCUUUGUAUUGCAUUUUCCAUUGUUUCUCAUCAGCUAUUAGGGUGAUAGUUUUGGC